UGACGGGACUCCAGGAAUGGCGGCAUUCGGGCUUGCAACCGGUAGUGGCCAUUGGUUCUCGGCUUUGGCUCUUGGGGUGACGCUCCUUAAGUGCCUUCUCAUCCCCACCUACCAUUCCACAGAUUUUGAAGUACACCGAAACUGGCUUGCAGUCACUCACAGCCUCCCAAUAUCUCAGUGGUAUUAUGAGGCAACUUCAGAGUGGACCUUGGAUUACCCUCCCUUUUUUGCAUGGUUUGAGUAUGCCUUAUCACAUAUUGCCAAAUAUGUCGAUCAAGAGAUGCUUGAUAUCCAUAACCUGAACUAUUACAGCUCAAGGACAUUGCUUUUCCAGAGGUUUUCUGUCAUCUUGACAGAUGCACUCUUUGUGUAUGCUGUUCAUGAGUGCUGUAAAUGCAUCGAUGGGAAAAGAACAGGCAAAGACCUCACAGAGAAACCCAAGUUUAUUCUGUCGGUGCUGCUGCUGUGGAACUUUGGGUUGUUAAUUGUAGACCAUAUUCAUUUCCAGUACAAUGGCUUUCUGUCUGGAUUACUGCUGUUGUCCAUUGCACGGCUGUUUCAGAAAAGGCACAUUGAAGGGGCGUUGCUCUUCACUGUCCUCCUCCAUCUCAAGCACAUCUACCUCUAUGUAGCCCCAGCCUAUGGUGUCUAUCUGCUGCGAUCUUACUGCUUCACUGCAAAUAAACCAGACGGCACUGUGCGAUGGAACAGCUUCAGCUUUGUCCGUGUUGCUGCCCUGGGACUGAUCGUGUGCCUAGUUUCUGCUCUUUCGUUAGGCCCUUUCCUAGCCUUGAACCAGCUGCCACAAGUCUUUUCCCGACUCUUUCCUUUCAAGAGGGGCCUUUGCCAUGCCUACUGGGCUCCAAACUUCUGGGCUCUGUACAAUGCCCUGGACAAAGCACUGUCUGUAAUUGGCUUGGAAUUGAAACUUCUGGAUCCCAGCCAGAUCCCCAGGGCCUCCAUGACAAGUGGUUUGGUUCAGCAGUUCCAGCACACAGUCCUUCCCUCAGUUUCCCCUUUGGCAACCCUCAUCUGCACACUGAUAGCUAUCGUGCCCUCUGUUUUCUGUCUUUGGUUUAAACCCCAAGGGCCCAGAGGCUUUCUCCGAUGCCUGGUUCUCUGUGCCUUAAGUUCCUUCAUGUUUGGGUGGCACGUCCAUGAGAAAGCCAUACUCCUUGCAAUUCUCCCAAUGAGCCUGUUGUCUGUGGAAAAGGCAUGCGAUGCGACAGUUUUUCUGAUUCUGACGACAACAGGACACUACUCCCUCUUCCCUCUGCUCUUCACUGCACCGGAACUUCCCAUUAAAAUUUUACUCAUGUUACUGUUCACGGUUUAUAGUAUUUCCUCACUGAAGACACUGUUCAGAAAAGAAAAACCUCUUUUUAAUUGGAUGGAAACUGUGUACCUCCUUGGCCUUGGGCCUCUGGAAGUCUGCUGUGAAUUCCUGUUCCCUUUCACCUCCUGGAAGCUGAAGUUCCCCUUCAUCCCUUUGCUGCUAACCUCGGUGUACUGCGCGGUGGGCAUCACAUACGCCUGGGCCAGGCUGUAUGCUUCAGUGUUGACUGGCUGUCUUGUCAGCAAGACAAAGAAGCAUUGAAUAAAGAAGUGUUUGGAUGAAGGCCAAGCAAUUACUUCAUGGGUAUUAAUCAGAACUCGAAGAAAGUUGCCAGUGGCAGGAUCUGUUUAUUUAGCAGAUCUGGUUAAGGACCAUUCUUCCACACUUGGCCUUGCCCUGCCUAGCAACCUGAUUGUUUCCAUGGUGAGAAGCCACUUGCCCUCUCCAAGCAACAAAACACAUUUGAGAAAGCUCUUACCUUCCUCUGUAAAAAUAGUCUGCAAUGGUUGAGAGCCUUGUGCUCACUGAAGGUGAACUGGGGGUGGGGUGGUGAAAAGCGGCAUAAUUUUCUGUAGCUGGUACUGACCAUUGUUAGGAUGUAAUGCAUAAUUAGAUUCUGUAUCUAAGGAAAUAUAAUGUCAUUUUGUAUUCAUGCAUCAAAUAGCAAAGUAUUUCGGGUCCUUAC